ACUCCAGCUGGGGUGACGUCAGCAGACGGGAUCUAGGAGUGGUUUCACUUUCCGACCUGAGGAAAAGCAUCUCAACAUAACGGUAUUAUUAUUAACCUUUAUAAACAAACCGUUCGCGUUUUACGUUUAUGUCACGCGACUAAGGAAUGCCAGAAAAGAAAGUUUAUUGCGUUUGUUACGGGAUCUUCUGUUAGUGAUUUCACAUCUGCUCAAUGACCGGUGCUUUGUCUUCAGUAUAACUUCUCAUUGCUGGGAUGUGUCGUGAUUGAAGGAGCCGCCCCACUGUUACACACACACACACACUUCAUUGGAUCACACACCCGCUCGUCUCAGCAGCACUAUGUUGGCCCUCCUGUGGUGUGCUCUUCUGCCUGUGCAAGCUCUCGCUCUGAAUGUCAUCGUCCCAGAAUCCCCCGUGGUGGCUCUGUAUGGGAUGGACACAGUUCUUAACUGCUCUUUCUCAGGGGUAACAAAGUUUAACCUGUCCGACCUGACUGUGUUCUGGCAGCUAUCAGACACAAAGCGCAACGUACACAGUUACUCGCAGAGCCGGGAUCAGCUAGCCGACCAAGAUGAGAGAUUCGCUAACCGCACGAGCCUGUACCCAGAUCAGCUGACGGCAGGAAACGUGUCACUCCUGCUGAAGAAGGUCCGGGUUGUGGAUGAGGGUAGCUACACCUGUUUUGUGAGGGUGCAGGCGUACAACAGCGCUUCCCUGCUUAUGCAAGUAGCAGCUCCAUUCUCCAAACCGCUGGUCACCUGGAACACAGGGUCCCACCUAAAGCCUGGUGAAGUGGUGGACCUCACCUGUGUGGCGUAUGGAGGAUAUCCACAGGCUGAUGUGCUGUGGCAAGACGGAGCUGGACGCAACUUGACGAUGGACAAUGUUACCACCUCUCAAGUAGCCAAUGAGGAGGGGCUUUUCAGUGUUAAGAGUGUUCUGACGGUCAUUUUGGAGCCCAACAGCACAUACAGUUGCCGACUGAUCAAUCCACUGUUAGGGGACGAAGGACAGGCAUCUGUUACAAUCACAGAGGAAGAAGCCAAAGAACUUGAGGAAGCCAAAAAGUUUGAAGAAGCUGAAUCAGCUGCAACACCUCUGAAGAGCUAAAGUUGGAGACCGCAGUGUUGUGGCUGGGCAGUCUGAGGGCCAUGCACAGAUUUUACAGCAUCAUAAUUCAGUCCGAGAUUCAGCCUCAUCCGAUCCAGAAGCAUUUCCUUGGUAUUUGUCAUACGGGAUUUAAAGUUGCGUGUUUUUUACGCAUGGCUAGAAUCCCCUUUAUAUUUUGACAUUUCACUCAUUUUCUUUCUGUAUGCGCAAGGGAAGCCGCGUAUACAGUAGAGUGAAACAAGCAAUGACUGAUUUUGCAUUACGUGAGUGACUUUAUAAAAGUUCUGGCUGGUUGUACAUUAUCCUGAAAAUCUACCAUCCACUGUGAUGACACUCUUUUAUCAUUCACAAUAGAGAGCAACAGUGGGCUUUUGGAAGUAAAAAAUCCCAUUCAUUUUCUCUAUAGAGAAAUACAUUUUUAACGAUAACACAUAAACCUUUCAAGACAGACCCACGUUGAGCUUUGAGGUUGGUAAGUGAUAAUACAUGCUUCUGUAGAGGCCACAAGUCAGUUAAACAUGAAUUAUUAUUGGCUGACUUUAUGAGGAAAAACUACAUUACCCAUAAUCCUUAACUCUUUCCCUGCCAGCGUUUAAAAAAAGUUGCAAGCCAGCGCCAGCAUUUUUCAUGAUUUUCACAAAAGUUUAAUGCCUUUUAGAAAAUGUUCUUCUCUAAAUAUAUAAACACAUAAUAUAUUAAAUGAAAGAAUGGACCCUCUGCUUUAAAAAAUAAAAAAUUUUUUAUCCUUCAUUAGUUCUCUUUUUAUCAACUCUCAAAUAUGUGUAGGUUUCUUCAAAAACACAAAAUUUUGAGCAAAAAGCUGAGAUAAUUACAUUUUUGUGAAGGACUUUUGAUAGAGAUCAGAUUCAGAGCGAUCCUCAAAACAUACACGGACAUACAGCUGUUUGCCCUAGGGCGAUACUUCCGGGUUUUAUAAGUUGCUGGUGGAUAAUAGGGGUGCAACGGAUCACAAAACUCACGGUUCGGAUCACAUUACGGUUUUUAAGGCACGGAUCGGAUAAUUUUUUGGAUCAGCAAAAAAAAGUAUGGGAAAAAAGAACAAAGUGCACAUUAAGUAAGGUCUAAAAUCAUUAGGAACAGAAAUCAAAUUAAUAAUAACACUGCAUUUAUUGUAUUAAUUAAAUGUAAUUAUUAUUUUUUAAAGCUUCAGAAGUGAUUUUCUCUUUGUCUUGGGUUGUUUGAUUAACAUUAAAGAGUAACUAAACCCUAAUCCAACUUUUUUUAGUUACUGAUCUGUAAGAAUGAUGGUUUAUUAGCACUGUUAAUUGAUUUUAGUAAGUUUUUUGACAUUUGGAUAUAAAGUGUUUCAAUACUACAAUAUAUGGUGUAAAAACGUCUGAGUGCUGCCCUCUUCAGGUUGAACGGUGGCUACUGCAGUUGAAUUUUCCUAUUGGAUGUUGGGUCCAAAAAAUGACUCGUGACGUAAGCAGGUUCAAGCUUACCACGCCCUUGUUACGAUCUCAUCACACACUUGGUACGAGCUUAGGUCGUCCCCCCUAUCUCUGUUGAGAUCUGCCUACUUUUCUUGCAUUUUUCAAAUAUUGCAGUGGGUGGAGUCAGGCUCUGACCAGGGGUUUAGUUACGCUUUAAUGACACAGACUUAAGUAGGUCAAUUGAGCUUACUGUUUCUUUAAGACCAAAUAUGCACAGACUGCAUAUCUCUCCGUGUGUGCACUACUGAGUCCCCUUAAACGAGCGCACACACACAGACAGAGGGCGAAUUACGAACUGCGCAGCAUAAACAGACGUCCCAGAUAAAAACUUUACCUUGUUUUUCAUUGCUCUAUUAGCCAACUGUAUUUUAAUACACUACAGUAGCGCAACUGAAGUUUACAUAUCAAGAGUUCUGAAUCUGAACUUUGAAGGAUGAUACGUCUGGCUCGAGCUGGACCGGACGCAUUCAACCGCACGUACGUUUUGCGUAAAGUAAACUGCUCUUUUUGCAGUUAAACUGUUUAAAAUCAGUUGAAUGCUAACAUUGCAAACCUUUGAAACACUUACAAAUGAUACACUUUCCCUAUUUAAAUUUGCGUAUUAAUCCGCGAAUCACAUGCAAGCCGAACCGUGGGUCGUGAUCCGUACUGAUCAACUGCGAUCCGUUACACCACUAGUGGAUAAUAGCAGUGUUAUAUACUCGUCGUUGGCAGGGAUGCAUUUUUUCUUAAUUGACGAGUUAAUUUGUCAAUGGCGGGGAAAGAGUUAAUCAGAUAAUUUACUAAAGUGCCAUUUGUGAAUGUAUUUGUGGACAUUUUAAUAUUGGACGAGAAACCUUAAAUACAUUUACAUUGUACACUGUAGAUUUUUUUACAAGUUCAGUUUUUCCGCAUACGCGAGGGUCCACGUAGACUGUAUGCACACUGCCAGAUUUUUGUAACUGCACGUACCUUGUACGAUUAGGUCGCGCAUGCAGGUACAGUAGAAUGUAGUAUGUAGCCCAGGAGUAGCAUUGUAUUGUGUCUUAAUGCGCAUGCGCUGAACUUCUGUGUACAUGUACGAGUCAAAUAAACUAUACUUUGCAAGGCUGUGCAUUUGACUAUGCGCUACGGUUACAUACAAGUAAAAACAAACUAUACCAAUAUGUACCUUUGAGGAACUAAUAUGAAGAUACAAAAGAAAGGGUAGAACCCCUGUGACAGCUAAGGACCAUUUUUAGA